UGACAGCGGCGAUCUAAAGGGUUAAUAGCCGGCCGCAGCAAUUGCCGUGUGUCGGCUCGGCUAUUAACGGCAGCCCCCAGCUACAGGAAUCAGCUGGGGGCCGGCCCGUAUGGCGCAGACUUGAGUCAGGAGCCCACUCUAUACACUGGUUGCUGUCUCAGGACAACGGCAACCGAUUAAACACAUUGAAAACAUAAGGCUAGGCUCACCAUACAUCGAAGGUAUCUGUAUUCCAGCAGCAUUGUAACUUCAGGACUGCUGUUUCGUAACUACACCUGCAGACAAGCUGAAGGAAACAGCAGCCAUAAAGGGUAAAGUUAGCGAACUCUGGUAACACCGCCUGUGCACAAAGCCUACUGAUUAUCAACAACUAAAUAGGGAGGCUAACGUGUUAACGGGGCCGCAAAUCAACAUAUGAUGCCUUCGUGUUUGGUCAAUAAGUGUGCAAGUCAUACUGGCAAAAAGGACCAAAGUCGAGCCAUCAAGUUGCACACAUUUCCUAAAGAUGCAAUAAGGAUCCAAACUUGGCUACUGCAUACCGGGCAGACGUUUAAAGACUUGGAAAAACUAGUUGGAUUGGUUAUGGAGGGACAGAAGGAUAAUAAAUACUGGAUAUGUUCCUUGCACUUCACCUCAGAAUCAUACAUUAAUACCCCAAGUGGACGGGUUCUGAGGCCAGAUGCUGUUCCCUCAAUUUUUGAAGGAUUUCAACAAGGUGAGAAUGUCAUCGAAGAGACUCUUAAAAAAAAACAAAGUCGUGCAAAAAAAAGACCCAUGGGGUAUUUGUCAAGUGCUUAUUCUGAUGCUACAACAUCCAGUCAAUCAACGGAAACUUUUCUACAAGACAUUGAUAGCACAGAAAUUAUAGUUUGUAAAAUAGGUUUUUGUACCAUUGGUACACAGACAGAAUACACUAUGUGUAACACAGAAAUAGAAUUUUGUAAAGAAGAUUUUUGUACCAUUGGUACACAGACAGAAUACACUCUGUGUAAUUCAAAUAUUAAAUAUUUAUCGCAUGCAGAGGAAAGGUGUAAAAUUCCCAUACUACCUCUAACUGGUCCAGCAGUAUCGACACCUAUAGCACAAGCUGGAAAAAUAUCAUUAAUGGAUAACGCUUCUGAUGCUUCACCACUGCAUAAGAAAGCACAUAUUAAAACAGAACUUUACUCAAAUGAGCCAGAAGAUGAAAGUAUGGAUUUCCAAGGGAAUCAUUUUCUGUGGAAGAACCUAAAGAAGGAAAUAACGGCUACAUUCCAGGUGAAUCCAGUAUAGAACAAACUGAUAUGACAAGGCAUAGAAAAUGUAGUGUUGGAGGAUAACUGUAAUCAAUCUGAUGAACAGGUUGUUACAGAUUGUAAAAUAAUUAUUUACGAAAGUAGUUUGGACCAACUUCUUUACAAAAUAAAUUGUCUGGGUGUGCAAAAUUGUACCAGCAAAGUCCGCUUUAUAAAAAAAAAAAAAACAUUUGACGGAUCAUCCUGUAAAAUAACAGGGACUUGUUACCAUGGUCCCAAAUUUCUUUUAUUAGAAACACAGCCAAGAAUCAGAAGAUAUUCCUUUGGAAAUACAGGAAUCUGGGAAUUGUAUCUCCCGAAGCCCGAGACCUGCAGUUCUGGCCGCCGGGCAGGUGAAUUUGUCAGGCAUUUACCCUGCAGCGCUAAAUGCCAGAAGAAUUCACAUAUGAUGGGGAAAGACUGCCCUGUCACUAAACUGCUAUAUACUGCAGCUGUAUGCUGUAGCCUAUAGCGAGCCUUCCUGGCGGAGGUGCGCGCGAUGAGUGAGGUCAUCACAUGUGCCGCGCAGGACGACGGGACUCUGACGUCCUGUGUGGCGUGUUCAAUGAUGUCACUCACUGCAUGCACCUCCGCCAGGAAGUCCCUGCAGGGAACAGGGAGAUGUAAGUAGCAGUGAGUUACUUACUCAAACUUGGCUACUUACUAUAUAAUGGAGGACCUGCCUACCACUAGGGGCUAACCUAUCUACUACCUACUUAGGGCAGUGCUUCCCAACCAUGUUGCCUCCAGCUUUUGCAAAACUACAACUCUCAGCAUGCCCGGACAGCUGAAGGCUGUCAGGGCAUGCUGGGAGUUGUAGUUUUGCAACAGCUGGAGGCACCCUGGUUGAAACUUAGGGGGUAUAAAUGGGAGCCCUACCUGCCGGGUUCAUAUUUAUCUGGAGGCCUUUCUACCUACUGGGAAGCCCCAACUAAUCAUCAGGUAGGGCUCUCCAGUAGGUAGACAGGCCCCCAGAUAGAUAUGACCCCCAUCAGUGAUGGGAAUCUUAUUUAUCUGGGGCCUGUCGAUCUACUGGGAAGCCCUACCUGAUGGGGGUCAUAUCUAUCUGGGGGCCUUUCUACCUACUGGUGAGCCCUACCUGAUGGGGGUCAUAUCUGUCUGGGGGGCCUUUCUACGUACUGAAGAGCCCUACCUAAUGGGGGUCAUAUCUAUCUGGGGGUCUGAUUACCUAUUGUGGAGCCCUACCAAAUGGUGGUCAUAUAUAUCUGGGGGUCUGACUACCUAUUGGGGAGCCCUACCUGAUGGGGGUCAUAUCUGUCUGGGGGCCUUUCCACCUAAUGAAGAGCCCUACCUGAUGGGGGUCAUAUCUAUCUGUGGACCUGUCUACAUAUGGGGGAGCUCUACCUAAUGGGGGACAUAUCUUUCUGAGAUUCUGUCUGCCUGCCUACUGGGGAGCCCACCCUUCCUAUCAACUGGGGGGGGGCAUAUCUAUCUGGGGCAUUAUUUAGGGACGUACCUACCUGAUAAAGGGACAUACCUUCCUGAAGGGGGGGACUACCUAUUUAGUGGGGCAGACUUACUUAUCAGGGGCCCUAUCCACCUAAUGGGGUGACAUACUGGUCUGCCUAUUGAGUUUAUAUUAAUAAAGAUCUUAU